UCAUGGGGCUAUCUGAGAGUUUCCAGUAUCAACUUUCUGGGAUAUCAAAUUGAUGCUUCUGCCAUUCACCCAGCUGAAGACAAGGUAAAAGCAAUACAUGAUGCCUCUGUACCAAAAUGCAGACAGGAUCUUCAAGCAUUCUUAGGACUUCUCAACUUCUAUCACAUCUUCUUGAAAGACAAAGCUACCAUAGCAGAGCCCCUUCAUCGCUUACUGGAUAAAGGAGCUCAGUGGAAGUGGACUUGCCAACACAACGAAGCCUUCCAGUGCAUCAAGAAGUAGGACAUCCUUGUUCACUAUGAUGAGGAGAAGUCACUGUCCAUUACUUGUGGUGCCUCGCCAUUUGGUGUUGGCGCUGUCCUCGGUUACACUUUGCCUGAUGGCACAGACACACCCAUUGCUUUUUACUCGAGAACAAUGACUUCAACCGAGAGGAAUUAAGAGAUUGAUAAAAAAGAAUUGGCAAUCACUGGAGGAGUUAAAAAAUGUCACAAUUAUUACGGCCGCAAAUUAGAAAUCUGAAUGGACCACAAACCCCUUCUUGGAAUUUUUACUAUGGACAAACCAACUCCUCCUAUUUUGUCUCCCCGUAUGCAACGCUGGAGCAUCAUGCUAAAUGCAUAUGAUUAUACACUUGUGUACAAACCUGGGAAAACGACUGCAAAUGCCGAUGCACUGAGCUGCCUACCACUACAAAUACCUGAUUGUGGUACUCCUCCACCAGCAGAAGUCCUCAUGCUGGAAUCCAUGCCAGAAGCCCCUCUUCAAGCUGAUCAGAUAGCAAGGAUGACUGCAGAAGACCUUAUCCUUGCCCACGUCCUCAGCUGGGUGUGGAGGGGCUGGCCUGCAGACAAAUUGGCUGAGGAAUUCAGGCCAUUUUCAUCACGUCAGCAUGAGCUGUCUGCACACAAGGGUUGCCUCUUGUGGGGAAAUUGUGUCAUAAUUCGAGAAGCAGGACACCAAAUCAUACUGACAACGCUGCAUGCAGCUCAUCCAGGCAUUGUGAGGAUGAAACCGCUGGCUAGAAGUUAUGUAUGGUGGCCAGGUAUGGACAAUGACAUAGAAAGAGUUGUGAAGGAGUGCAGCAUUUGUCAAGCAUCCCAUCAUAAUCCACCGAAGGCACCAGUAUUCCCUUGGGAAAUGACAAAGGAACCCAGGUCACGCAUCCACAUUGAUUUUGCUGGCCCAUUUCAAGGUAAGAAUUUCUUAAUUGUUGUUGACUCGUAUUCAAAAUGGCUUGAAGUGAUUACUGUUUCAACUCUUACAUCAACUGCCACUAUCACAGCUCUCCAUCAGCUGUUUGCAACCCACAGGGUGCCCGACACUAUCGUUUCUGCUAAUGGCAGCGCAUCCACCUCAGCCGAGUUCCAAGGUUUUGCCAGCCGCAGCCUCAUUCGAACUGUUACCGUUGCACCUCGCAGGCCACAAGCCAAUGGGCAAGCUGAGCGAAUGGCGCAGACUACAAAAGGAUUGUUAGGAGACUGGCCUACCAGACUGGCCAGAUUUCUGUUUGCUCAGCAUGUAAUUCUUUGCCCUACAAUGGGGUCCAACCCAUCGGAGCUUCUUAUGGGUCGUCGUCUCAAGACAUACCUUGACCGUGUUAACCCAGACCUUGUGAGAGACGUGCAGUUUAGGAAAGAAAAGGAGUUGGACGCCUCAUUGGCAUCUGGUACCUUACGUCUUUUCGUUCCGCAAGAGACUGUGUUUGCUCGGAGCUACGGGACAGGCCCACAGUGGGUUCACUCGAAAAUUGUCAGCGCCACAAGACCCGUAUCAUAUACAGUCCAGACUGAUGGACAAGUUUGGCAACAUCAUGUGGAUCAGCUGCGUGAGCGUUCUCCUACUGAUAACCCUACACCUGAGCAAUCUGCAAGCACCAGUCCACCACCGACAGACGUGGAUUUGUUGGAGAAGUGCCUUCCUGUUUCCACCAAUGCAAACCCUUUUCCAUCACCGUCAGAAGGAAGUAUCGCUGUUGAAUCUCCAGAUAGGCUGACAGGGCCGUCAUCCGCUGAGCCCCUCACUGAGUCCGGUUCUACGGGAAGACCACAGCGGAAGCAGAGUCCUCCCGAAAGUGGCUGAAGGAUCCUGGUCCUCGAAAUGAGAAGAGGACUCUUUUCUGCGACAUGGUGUGUUUUCUGUUCAUUACGCCGCUGGCAGCGAUCUCAGGCUGGUUGUGUCUUCGUGGAGCACAGGAUCACUUACAGUUCAACAGCCGGCUGGAGGCCAUUGGACUCAUAGCACUUACUAUAGCACUUUUUACUAUCUAUGUCCUUUGGACUCUGGUUUCAUUCCGCUAUCAUUGCCAGCUUUAUUCGGAGUGGAGAAGGACCAAUCAGAAAGUCCGCUUAAUGAUUCCAGACUCCAGGAGCCCCCAUCCAGUUCAGCAUUCCCUGCUCUCUGCCAAGCUCAUGAAGAAGAAUGCAGACGAAACCACCGUAUGAAUCAUCCCACGCCAGGCGUCCUCCCAAAUGGGACAGAUGUGCACAAGAUGUGCAAAGAUGAGCACAUCUUUUCGGGAACUUCCACAGAAAAGCAGAUGUAAUCUUUUUCUGUGUGCAAGAAAUGUGGCAGCUGUGGAGCCUCAAGAAAACAGUCAUCCGAACCAAAGGGACUUUGCAGUUAGCUCAUACUUUAUAUUGAGACAGACAAGCAGAUGAUAACUGUCUGCUGUGUGCAGUGGUCCAGAAUGGCUCUGCACCCUUAGUGACAGAAAGCAAAACAUGCUGAUCAGUUGGGACUCUUUUCUAAAACUGAAUAUGUUAUGUGGAAAAUCUCUCUCAUUUAUAUAUA